AUGGUCUUUGUUUAUUCAAAUCACUGGUCACAAGUUCCAUUAAAUGCUGGCUCUCAACUGACGCAAUCCUUGUCCACAGAUAAUUUACAAAAGCCGGCUAGUUUGGCAGAUAGUCAAAUUAGUAGUGAAUAUCAACGUUCAUAUUCAUGGAAGCUUCCAUUUGCUCAAGUAAAUAAACCACCUAAAGCUCCUUCUAGGUCAGAAUAUCAAAGAGAAUUUACAUGGAAACAAUCACCUACUCCUUCACCUUCUACACCUGUUAAUGAAUUAUUAUCUGAUUCAAAAUCUGUUCCUCAAUCUACUCCUCAAUCUACUUCACAAUCUUCUCCUCAAUCUUCUGCUCUUGAUAAUAAAUCUAUAGAUGUUUCUCGGUUAACAGAUAUAUCCGUAAAAACUUUGUCAAAAACUGGUGAUGGUUUUAAUACUAAUAGGAAUACUCCCGAACCAAAAGAUAUUUGUGUUGUACCCGUGGAACUAAAUGUAAAACAAAAUGGUACUUUUGUUACUGAAUCGGAUAUACCUAUCUCUAAUUCUGAAAAAUUCACUUCAAGUGCUGGUACUGAUAAGUGGAAAGAUACUCUCAGAAACGGUUCAAAUGAGUCAAAUUUUGAUUCUGUUGAAAAAAAGAUGGUGGUUUUGGAAGGUUCUCGAUUAUCUAAAAAAUCUCGUUGUCGCUCUAUGUAUUCUUUAAAAGACCAAUUAAAAGUAAAGGAACUUGCUAGUCAAUAUUCUGGUCCUUAUGAAACCGAAUAUAGGCAACAAUUUGUAGACUGGAUGGAAUAUUAUGAUCAUGAAAGAAAACCCCUUCAAAGAAGGGGUUCUUGGUCUGCUCCAUUAGAUAAUUUCAGAUCAUUAGACGGUUAUAAUCGUAGUGAUUCAAAAUCUUCUGAAUCACGGAAGCUUCAACCAUCACCAAUUACUGAUGUGACCUCUGUAAAAAGUAAUCGUGAUCACAACUUAAUAAGACCUUCUACUUCUGCUGAAUAUCUAAUCUCAAUCUAG